AUGGACUCAGUCCUAUCAAAUUCUCAGGGAGCUCGCUCCCAAUCUCAGAUCCCAUCGGAUCAAAUCACUUCGGAUGUCAGCAGUGCCAAAACUGCAGACACAUCGAAAAACCCGAUCACCUCGCCAACUGGCAGCAGCCAAACUGCUAGUAGAUCGAGCGUCCUGAUCGAUCCGGUUAUCACCUCCGCGGCAGCGAACUCGAAUGUUCCAGCCCGCGUGAAACCAUCGGUGAUCAACCUCGUCACUCCUGUGACAGCCGAGAACUCGAUUCUACCGAAUCAGAUCUCGCACGCAAUUGAGAAACCUCAUUUGCGGAUUCGGGUCAAAUCUAAAGAUUUCCCGAUUACCUCGACACCGAUCAGUCGGAAAACUCCGACGCAAACUGUGUCAACGUCGUUUGCCUUGGCUCGACCGAAUCCGGACGACCAAGCCCGAAUCAAGCGAAUGCUCACCGACCUGAUUAACAGUCAAUACGACCAAAAAAUCAGCUCGUCGAAACGGGAUGAGGCACCACCGCGUGCUCCUGUCAUCCAGACUCUCAUCCCACCGAUGACCUCGUUGAAACGGGAUGAGGCGCCACUGCGCGCUCAUGUCUUCCAGACUCUCGUCCCACCGAUGAGCUCGCCAAUGAGCAGCUUGAACAUUCCAGAUUCAAGCAAAUCGGAGAUAGGAUCUCAGCCAACAGAGCGACUUCCAUCUCCACCUCCAAAGCUAUCAGGUGUCGAGCCAACUAUAUUUAGAUGGCCCGAAACUAUGGCUUCCAACUCAAGCUUGCAGGCGAUGUCUCAGCUCAAAAAUCAGUCCAUGAAAUUUUGA